UGUUACUCUUUAAUCAAUACACAACCAUAUACUUUUAGACUAAGAGGGAAAAGAAAGAGACUCCAUUGUAGAUCAGCCCGGCUCCCGUUCAUCCACCACUCCACAGUGGGCUCCGCUCUAGUUCAACUCCCGCUCCAGAUCGGGCCCCGUUCCAUAGCGGCACCUGCUCCAGAUCAGCCUUUGCUCCAGUUCGGCCCCCGCUCCAUAGUGACCUCCCUUACUUCGUCUGAAAGCCACUGGCGUUUUUAGAUUGGGUAUCUAUAAUAAAUAGUAAGGUUGAUAUUUGAAGUCACUAUUGUUUUGCAUUUCUUCGAGCUUUUCGGCUGGUGGAUUUUCUCUUUGAUCAAGCCUUUGUAGUUCAUCCAGUCUUCAGGGGUCACAUUCAUCUCAAGACUUAUUGGGAUGGAUAAGGGACAUAAGAUCCGAUGGAUAUGGUAACGCCGGUCUUCCGAAUUAUGAUUUUUCUUUGAAUUCUGAGAGUAUGUUUUUUGGCUAAUUUUUGGUGCGUUAUUGAUCAUUUUCUUAUGUAUGCCUCUGGCCUAACUCUACUCCUUUCUUUCUCUUGUAGGCUUCUCUUCGUUAUCGAUUGAGAAGAUGUCCAAACCAUUGCCCUUGCUAUUUUCUGGAUAGCCUGUUAGGGCUCGUUGAGCUGACGCCUCUUCUUCUGUUGCGCCUCAGCAUGCAUCACCUCCCCCUCCUCAUUAUGUCCACGCUCAGAAGAGGCUUGGAGAUGGGACUUCUGCGUCCGACCACAAUUGAAAGAAGCAUGUUGCUUCAUGUCCUUCUGUGACCUCUCCUAGAUGCUCAUCAUCUCUUAUCCCUACUAGGCCGAAUGAAUUAGUAAUCACCGCUAGGAUUGAUGGGCAUCCGAUCCCAAGGGAUUGUUCUGUGAAGUAUGAGGUAGUUGGGCUGGCUCUCAUUAUUGUUGGUAUUGUUCCUAUUGACAUGUGUCAUAGGGGGAAGGUUUCAUUUGAGAAGCUUAGGGAACAUUCUACCUGUUAUGUUGCGCAGAUUCUUGUGUCCUUAUAUGAAUUCCAUGGGAGGUCUAGAGUCGACGAGGAUCUACAAAGAAAAAAGGCUAGGAAUAUUGAUAAACUUAAGGUUGAUCUUACUGCUGUCAAGAUCGAGUUAGCCUACACCAAACCAGAUUCAUUAGCCAAAGACACUGAGCUUGACACAUUGAACAUCAAGAAUGCUAAUCUGAGCAAGAAACGUCAAGAUUUUGAGAUCGAGCUGAACCAGACCUUGUCGUGUGUUACUUCAUAUAAGAAGGAUGCUGCUGAGAAGGCUUAUGAGGAAGCCUACACUGAUUAUGUCCCAGUCUUGAAGAACGAGGGGAAUAGUGCCUAUCUUAAGGCAUCACGAGAAUGCUCUUUUGGAUGCCGACAUUCCCAAGGACUCUCCUUUGUGGGGACAAGAUCGCCUUUUUUUUCCUGUAGCUGACAAAAUUCAAGAGAAGAUUUUUGAUAGAUUUUUUCCUUCUACUGACUUGGAUCCUCCUCUGACCAUGUUGGAAAUUGAGGAUUCCCCUACCCAAGAGGUCAGGCAGGUUGGCCCAAAUGAGGACGAUCAGAUCCACCAAGAUAAGGGUUGCCCGAAGCACUCUUUCGAUCCCGUAGUACCAAGGACUGCCAGUCCCACAGCUUGGUUUACUGCAUUCCUUUAUGUUUUGGAGUUGGUCUCCAGUCUUUGGGCUGGCUUUUGUAACCUUUUCUCAAACUUUUGAGAAGCUAAUAUUCAUUGUAGUACUUGCAUGCAUUUAAGCAAUGAAGACUAUUUAUUUUUCAA